GAAUUUUUAAAUAUUCAUAUAAAAUGGCCCAGUACGGCAAACCUGAGUUUUGGGAGGAUAGAUAUCAGAGAGACACUGAUCCAUUUGACUGGUACCAGAAAUAUGAAGGAAUUAAGGAUAUUAUCACCCAGUAUAUCAAUACUAGCAGCACCAUCCUUAAUCUUGGUUGUGGCAACUCUAGGAUGAGCGAAGAGAUGUAUGAAGAGGGAUAUGAAAACAUAACUAAUGUUGACAUCUCCCCCUCAGUUAUUAAGGCUAUGGCUGAAGAAUACGAGGAGAAAUGCCCAAACAUGAAAUUCCAGGUAGCUGACGCUAGAGCUUUAGAAUUUGAAGAAAGCCAAUUUGAUGUAGUGAUUGAUAAAGGAACCUUUGAUUGAAUCCUUUGUGGUGAUAGAAGCGGAGUCAACUGUUCGAAGACUUUGGAAAAUAUUUACAAAGUUCUUAACUUUUCCGGGAUUUAUAUUUGUAUCUCAUACGGAGUUCCAGAUACAAGAGAGGCCCGCUUUGAAGGGAAAGAUUUUAAUUGGAAAUUGACCACUCAUCAAGUAGCUAAAUCUACCAUUACUGCAAAUGCCAUUGUAAAGGAAGCUGACCAAAAUCCAAAGAAUUAUCACUAUAUCUACGUUCUUAAAAAGACUGCUUAAAUAGAAAGUUGUCUAGUU